CGGUGCAUUCUGGGGAAUGUGGUUUGCUGUGUCCCUGGGGCGCUCGGCGGAUGGACGGGUCCUCUUCCGAGAAACUACUGCCCUGGAAGGAAGCGUCCGUUUAGUUUCGUCAUCGGUGGUCCAGGGGUCCUCAGAGGGUGUCCUCAGAGGGUGUUCUCUGGAGGGGUUUAGCUGCUGCCAGAGCUGCUUUUCCUGGUGGGCUUCCUGUCAGGCCGUUGUUAGGUUCCCCUUCCUGGGCUCAGGACGGCUGAGGGCAGAGGAAGAUGGUGUUUACUUUCAUUCGAGGGUCCGGAAAACGAUAGUAGGUGGUCGUUAGGGUUCUCUGAUUACUGAGCAAUUCUUGGAGAUGGCCGCUUGUUGUGAGGACCCUGCUGAGAUCUGGAGAACACGCUGAAGGUAAUUGGAGUUCCCUAAAAAUGGAUAAAUUCGUCAUCCGAACACCUAGAAUCCAGAAUAGUCCUCAGAAGAAAGAUCCUGGAGGAAAGAUUUACAAGCAGGCUACGAUUGAAUCUCUGAAGAGAGUUGUGGUUGUAGAAGACAUAAAAAGAUGGAAAACUAUGUUGGAGCUUCCUGAUCAAACCAAAGAGAAUCUAGUUGAAGCCUUACGAGAAUUAAAGAAGAAAAUACCCUCCAGGGAAGUGUUAAAAUCAACAAAGAUAGGUCACACUGUAAACAAGAUGCGUCAACACUCAGAUUCAGAAGUGGCUUGUCUUGCCAGAGAAGUUUACACUGAGUGGAGAACUUUCAUUGAGAAAUAUACAGAUAGACCUUCCAUUGAAGUGCGAAGUGAUCCCAAAACUGAGACAUUUAGGAAAACAGCCCAGAAAUUAAUCUCCGAAGCCUUGGAAUUAGAGAUGGAUCACCUACUGGUUGAAAAUAUCGAGCGGGAAACGUUUCAUCUCUGCUCCCGCCUCAUUAAUCGGCCGUACCGGCGGACGGUGAGAGCCCUGGUCUUCACAUUAAAGCACCGAGCUGAAAUCCGGGCUCAGGUGAAGAGCGGCUCACUGCCGGUCGGCACAUUUGUACAGACCUACAAAAAGUGACCUGAAGAUGGUUCCACCCCUGGGCUGGGCAGAAAGGAAAAUGUGCCCCUCUCUGCCAUUCAAAGACUCUUUUGAGUGUGGGUGAUAGCUGAUGCUGGCUGUGCUAAAUUUUCCCAUGGUGCCAUCCCUUCAGACAGAGGAUGCAGAGAGCCCUGGGAAACAGGCCUGCAGGAAAUGCUUCAUUAGCUGUAGUGCGCCUAACAGGACAUGCACUGGCUGUCACUAGGAAGCGCUGCUGUACGGUUGCCAUCACCCAACACGGCAAAAAGGUGACGGAUUGCACUGCGAGUAUGCCAAGGACACCUCUAAACUUCCCCCGUGUCAGGCAGAUGAAGUUACUACUUUAUUUCGCCACCCUGCAGGUAACUGAAACUCAAUUACUGCUGCUGCGCACUCGGUGCCAUCCCCCCGAGUUUAGAUAGCGCUGGUGCCUCUCAGAACUCCCCUGUCUGUUCUCUUUGCUCUACCCCAGGGGUGAGCCUGUGGAGCCAGCCAACUACCCCUUCUUUCCAGAACUCACUUAUCUGAACGUUUCAGCUCUCCCUGGAAGACCUGCGUUGGUCUCCGGAGCCCCCAUGCUGAGGCUUCUAAUGAGGAACUGGCCUGAAGCAUCCCCUCGCCUUGGGGUUUAUUUGAAUACGUUGCCUCCCUCCGUUUAGGGCUCUGUAGAAGAUACAUAAUGAAAUUCCUCUUGAAAUGAAUUACUGUAGUAGAAAAAUUACAUACAUAUAUUUUGAAAUGAAAUACCUCUGUAUAGACCUUCUUAAACAAUUAUGUAAAUGAUAUUUGCUUUUUUAAGAGAAAUAAUAAACUGGGACUUUUUUCUCUUAAA